CAAAGAGAUCGCUCGCACGACCGCCCCGCUCUAUAGGCGGAUCGCGCCACACUCGAGAUUCGAAAUUUAAAAAUUCAAAUUGACAUUUUAUUUUUAUGUUAAAAAGUGAUACGAUAUUAAAUUAUGUGCCAUUAUAUGUUUUUACGAACAUUUAAUUUUUUCAAAAGUUCUAAAUAAGGCGAAUCCUGGAUGGUUAUGGUUUCGCUUAAAGGAUAUUUCAAGAAUCUAAGUGACUUUAGAUUUCAUAUAAAAUAGUGAAAUAAAUGAACAAGAAGUAAACAAAGUUUGUCAGUGUGAUGUCAGUGCAAAAUAACGUGAUUGGUGCUAAAAUGCAAUGGGCCGGCGGGGGGUGGGGGACGAACCAAUUGACUGUCAGUUUGAUUUAUUGCAUUUUAUAAACAGCUUAUAAUAUAGUUGGACGUCUCAACACAACAAAAUGUCGGCAGCAGGGUCAGCGGUGGCGAUGAUAGGCGCGAACCUGCGCUUCGGUUCGGCUGGUGCUAGUAAUUCGUCAAUCCUCAACAACACGAGGCAUUGCCCGCCAGGGGGUGCUGCGAGCGCCGCAGCACUGCUCGCGCUAUCAGGUCUGGGGAUGUCCGCAAACUUGGCACUAAUGACUGUUAUAUUAAGCAAGAAACAAUUAAGAAGGUGGUCACAUGGUCUGUUGUUCCAUCAAGCGAUAGUGGACUGCGCCCGCGCAGCUAUACUCCUACCUUUAGGUAUUGCAGUGUUCCGGUGCCAACCGGUCUACAAGUGUUCACUCGUGGAAACAGCAUUUCUUUUAUUGGUAACUGUAUCAACAGUAAACAUGCUCACAACAGUUCUAAAUGACAGUCCUAUUUUCCCCGAGAAUGAGGAAGAGCAAGCUGAUUUAUCUGCACCAUUACUAAUGGAUAGCCCCCAGUGCGUCCUUUUCGGUACAUUCAUGAUAUGGUUCGCAUCGAUCACUAUAAAUCUUGGGCCCACGUUCUUAUCGGGGGCUUUAGCUGCCAGUGCCGGAUCUUACAAUUCUUACGGCCCAGCUCCGUCCUGUCCUUUAGUUCGAGGACCCUUCAGGCAUUAUGUCCUUAAUGCCCUCUGGAUAGGCGUUAACGCCGUCUGCGUUGGGUUGACACUUUUCCAUUUGAAGAAACUUCACCGAGAUUUAACCAAGGCUAACGUAGAGGCAGUUCGAGUAGCUGGUUUAGUGACAACACUUGUCAGCAUGGCAGGAGACAACAGACGUAUGGACUCUCUGCCUAACAGCGUUGGACCUAGGACAGUAGAUGGGGCAUUGGCUGAUGGGCAAUGCAGACCCAGUGGGAGUGCGAACUUGCCUUUAGGUGGAGGACGUCGACUACGAGGGUACUUAGCUCGCGUAGAACGAGAAGGAGUACGCCGUGUACGCAUGUUUCUCGUCAUCACUGCAGCUUAUGUCCUAUUCUGGGGACCACUGUUCAUCAUUACACUUUUACAUCAUCCUGCAUUGACGUCACAUAUAGCAUACGAAAUGUACUUCCAAAUUACACUGCACAUUUCUUACGUGCAUGCGGCAGUGAACCCUCUUCUAUUUAUGGCUCUUCAUCGAGCUCUACGUCGCGCAGCAUUGCAACUGUGCUGCGGUUGCUGUGUUCACUGGAGCCAGUUUGUACUGGCCCUUACUGCAGCUGCUCAAUCACCACUAGCUCCAUCAUCGUUCUCUCCAGCUGCAGCAUCACCAGAACCGCCUCCCGCGCCGCCCCCACCCAUGGCGCCUCCCGCCCCAUCAGUCCCCGCUCCUCCUGCUCCACCGACGCCUCACACGAUGAUGGUAAUUACUUCUUAUAUAGUUGGGAAGUUGAGGACUGUGAUGCUGAGAGUAUGUCGAGUGCGCGUGUGCAGGGAGACGAGGAUAUGAUGGCCGAGUCGUGGAGCGGCAGCGUGCGGCGGCCGCCGCGCUCGCCUAGUCCGCUGCUGCCCGCCAUCUGAGCUUCAACCGCUCGCUUCUCGCCUCCUCGCGUCCAGGCAACGCCCGUCACAUAUCCAACAAACAGCAGCUAAAUUCCUUUAUACCAAGAUACUUGUGUAUAUAAAACUAAUAGAACGUUUAUCGAAUUGUACAUUUGUAUCGUAGUGAGAUAUUCUUAUAGCGUUUGUGUAGUUUGUGUAGAUAGGUACAAAUGUCGUGUGGUAUACUUAUUUAAUUGUUAGAUAAUAAUUGUACAUGUUGUAAAGAUCUUAUAUUAAUGUAUUGUACAGAAUUAAAAAAGCUCAAUUCUAAACAAACUACAUACUUCUUAGCGAAACCUUUUCGGCACUAUUUUUAAUAGUCUGUGGUGAAUGCAGGAUAUAGUAUCUAAAGUAUUUUUAUUGAUAUGAAAUUUAUUGUAAAUGAUAUCAAUAUGAAACACCAAAUUACGAUUAAUAGGUAUAAAUUAAAUAUUAUGUGUAGACCAAAGUGUUUAUGAUCUCCAAAUAUGUGUAUUUAAAUAAUUUGUAAUGACUUUAUAUGACUGUAUUUAAUCUUUUCCUUUCAUAUCUUAUAUACAUUUUGAAACUGGCAUGUAAUGGCAUAUAUGACUUUAUAUAGCAAAACUAGAAUUUUUAGAAAAGACGUACGUAAGAAUAGGCGCUUCAUUAAAACUUUUCGUACGAAAUCAUUAUGUUCUUUUAGAACAAACUUAUUACUUUUUCACACAAACUCGUUAAAACAUUUUCGUACGAACUCAUUCGUAUACAUGUAAGAAGUAAGUUCGUUUAUUAUAAACUCAUAUGUAUACAUGCAAUAUGUCACUAAGUUUAUAUGCCUGGAACACUUAAAUUAUCUAUGAAGACUGAAAUUGUUUACUUUGUGUCACGUGCUUUUUACAACUUCUAUCUAGGUAUUGUAUAUAAGACUAAUCGAUUGUAAAAAAAAAACUUUUGAGUUUUAUUUAUAAAUUUAUAAAUACUGUCACUAUAAUAUUACAUGUUUAGAAAAGGAUGUUGUUCCUCAAAGUUUAGCACUGUAGUACUUUCAAAGUAUACACUUGUAAUUAUUAACAUCAGAUUACUAAUUACAACUUAGUUAUCCAAAACAUCAAUUAUACAUAGAUACAUAACUAGCCGUAUUUCGCGGCUUUACCCGUGGUCGUACCGUGAUGUUUAAUAGCCUAUAAUCUUCCUUACGAAAUGAGCUAUCAAAUGUAAAAAAUAAUUUUUCAAAUCCGACUGGUAGUUCAAGAAAUUAAUACACUGAUACCAACAAACUUUCUGCUUUAUAUAUUAGAUAUAUAUAUACAUAAUAUUCAUAUGUAAUAUUAUACAUCCUGUGAUUUGACCAACAAUGGUAGGUAUUAUUGGUCAUUAUAAAAAACGAAAAGCCACAGGAGCUGAAAUAUGUAUUAUAGCAUAUACGUCUAUAUAUCCUUCUAUACUACCUAUCUAAUAUAUUUAAUUACAUAACAUACAAUAUACAGGGCUAGUCGUAAAGUGUAAGGAACCCGAAGUUCAGUAACAGUAUUAAUAAAACUUAACUACUUUUCCCAGGGAAUGUAGUCCGUGUGAAAAUAAUUUUGAACAUUUGUUAGAAAGUGCGGUUAUGAGACUGAUUUGGUGAAGUAUACGAAAAGUGUCUGUCUUCACGCUAAGAUCCUUACGAGGUAAAAAGAUUUACCAAUUUGAUUGCAGAUCCCUUAAAGGAAUAAAAAAAUCCAUUGAUAUUGUAGGAUUGAAAGAAUUUCGAAGCGGGCGGGUUUUGAAUCGACGCGGUUUAGUUAGGUAAGUAUAGGUAGGUACCUAAUUAAUUUCUUCGGGAAAAAUAGUGGAGUUUUAUUAUUACUGCUAUUAGGUUAAGUGUGUGUCUGUAAACUUUGAAAAAUUAUUAUAUAUCAAAAUAACAAUUAUGUUGUAAAGAAUAACUGGCUGUAAAUUUAAAGAUAUGUUCUCCAUAAAAUUAUUUCAAAUACAUAGCAUAAAUCAUACGUCUUAUAAUAUAUUUAAGUAAAAUGUACCUACUCUAACCUACUCUACAAUCCCUUUAUAAUAAAGGAGGUGAAAUAUCGUCCCUUUUUUUAUCACAAACAUGUUUCUUAUUGUAUACAAUUUUACGUACCCGUAGUUAGAUUUAUUUUAUUGGUGUAUUUAAUAUAAAAAUUGUAUCAUAAGUAAAUAUAUCGAAUAAAAACAUUAUAAUAAUAACGAGGAAAAUAAAAUCCCGUUCUCAUGGAAUAUAUUAAAAAGAAAUGGAUAAAUGAAUAUAAUAAAAUGGUUUAUUAAAUGUUUGAUUUGUUUUUAUGAAUAAUGUGCUUAAUAUU